AUGGAGUCGCGUCGCCAUCACCAGAGGUCCCGCAGCGCACGCGGGCCACCCCCGCUGCCGCCCCUACACCAGCCCGACCCUCGCCACCACCCACCCCCGCACCACCGCCAAAACCCUAGCCACUCCCCCGCCGCCGCCUCCUUCGUCUACCGUCCGCACCAGCCCAUGGAGGACGACGCCAUCUCGACGCUCAUGGACAUCGACGACUCGCCGCUCAGCGCCGCGGGGGCCGGGUUCCUUGACGAGGAGGACGGGGAGGGGGAGAUGUUCCUCGCCCCGCACCGCGCGGGCCGCGGCGGCGGUGGCGAGGCCCGCGGGCCCCUCCUCUUCUCCGGGUUCUUCAACAGCUUCGACGGCGCCGACUUCGACGACGACGACCUCGCCUGA